AUGGAAAAUAUCAGUAUGCCUGGUACUGGCUCUGAACCUACCAAUUCUUCAGUUCAUGGAGCAACAGUGGUGGAAGCCCAAACUGUUGAAACAAAUGCUCAACAGAAUGUGCUGCCUACUACUGUAGUUCCUCAGAAGAAAAGGAAACAGGUUGAGGUCAGAUCUAAGGUUUGGGAUCAUUUUCAGAGGUUGUCUGAUAUUAAUGAUGUUAUUACAGAAGCUAAGUGUAUCUAUUGUGCAAAGAUAUACAAAUGUCAAACCAAAAAGCAUGGUACUUCAUCUUUAAGGGCCCACAUACUUAGUUGUAUGAAAAACCCUCACUCUAAAGACACUAGGCAGUCUCUUUUGACAUUUCAAGCUGUUGUCAACUCUGAUUCAGAUGAACCAACUGUGGGAGAGUUAGGGACUUGGGUAUUUAGUCAGGAUUCUAUUAGGAGAGCCUUGAUAGAAAUGAUUAUAAUAGAUGAACUUCCCUUUAUAUUUGUGGAGGGGCAAGGGUUUAAGAUGUUUAUUGCAGUGGCUUGUCCUAGGUUUAAAAUUCCAUCUAGGUGGACAGUCAGUAGGGACAUCCAUGUCAUUUAUAAAGAAGAGAAACUGAAGUUGAAGUGUUUGUUUAGGGGAAACACUCAAAGAGUCAGUAUUACAACUGACUCUUGGACAUCUAUUCAAAGGAUCAAUUAUAUGGUAGUCACUGCACAUUUUAUAGAUGAAGAGUGGAAGCUACAUAAAAAAAUUAUCUCUUUUAUCCCUGUCACAUCACACAAGGGUCAGUAUAUUGCAAAAGCUCUUGAAACUUGUUUGCUUGAGUGGGGGUAUAUUGCAAAAGCUCUUGAAACUUGUUUGCUUGAGUGGGGGCUUAGGAAUGUGUUUACUGUGACAAUAGAUAAUGCUUCAUCAAAUGAUACUGCCCUUGGUUUUUUAAAAAGGAAAUUGUUGUCUUGGGGAUCAUCUACUGUGAAGUGUAAGUAUCUUCACAUGAGAUGCAUUGCCCAUAUUCUGAAUUUGGUUAUUCAAGAUGGUCUGAAAGAGUGUGAUACUGUUGUAAAGAAGGUUAGGGAGGUUGUUAGAUAUGUCAGAAACUCACCUGCUAGGUUGAAGAAAUUUAGGGAUUUGUCAGACUUAAUUGGUAUUGAGCAGAAAUCUUCUUUGUGUCUUGAUGUGCCAACAAGGUGGAAUUCCACCUAUUUGAUGUUAAAGUCUGCUGUUAUAUAUCAGAAAGUGUUUGAGGCCUAUGAGGAGUCUGCUGUUAUAUAUCAGAAAGUGUUUGAGGCCUAUGAGGAGAGUGACAAUUCAUUUAAAUCUGAUUUAGGUGAUUCUAUUCCUGAAUUACAUGAUUGGGAUUCUGUGAACAGUUUGGUGACAUUGUUGAAAUGUUUCUAUGAAAUGACUAUCAGAAUUUCAGGGUCCUUGUAUGUGACAUCUAAUACGACUAUCAGAAUUUCAGGGUCCUUGUAUGUGACAUCUAAUACCUUUUUUUCUGAGAUAUCUGAUCUGUUCUGUAUCUUGAAAAGCAUGGUGGAAGCUGAUGGGGCUGUGAAACUAAUGGGGGCUAACAUGAAAGCAAAAUUUGAAAAAUAUUGGGGUGAUAUAGAUAAAAUGAACUAUAUGAUUUUCUUUGCAAACAUUUUAGACCCCAGGGACAAGUUAGAAUAUAUGCCAACUCAGAUAAAUCAUAUGUAUGGUGAGGUAAAAGGCAAAACUUACCUUGAGAAUUUGUUGACUGCUCUGCAUGAAUUGUUUGAUGAUUAUGCUGUCAGUUACCGUCAAUCUGGUUCUGUUUCUGGUUUUGGUUCUAGUUCUAGUUCUAGUUCUGGUUCUGGUUCUGUUGGUUCUUUUAUUGAGACUGUUCAGUUUGCAUCUGCCCCAGUUGGGAGGCCACAACAUUGGUUGAAGUCCCAAAUUAAGAAACAAAGAAUGGAAAGUGGUGGGAGGAAAAAAACUGAGUUGGAACAUUAUUUAUCUGAGGCAAUAGUUGAAGAGGAAAAUUCAUUUGAUAUAUUGAGAUGGUGGAAGGUUAAUUCUGCAAGAUUUCCUAUCCUAUCUAAGCUUGCUAGGGAUGUCUUAGCUAUACCAAUCUCAACUGUUGCCUCAGAGUCUGCCUUCAGUACAUCUGGGAGGGUUUUAGAUUCUUUUAGGAGUUCUUUAACUCCUAAAAUUGUGGAAGCCUUGGUUUGUACUCAGGAUUGGCUUAGGCUGCCAAAUACCCCUCUAUCAAUUGAGGAAAAUCUGGAAGAAUUAGAAAGAUUUGAGAAAGAGUUUAAUGUUGAGGGUGAAAGUACAUCUGGUGGGAGGACUGCUGGUUCUUCACUUGCAACAAUUCCUAUUCCACCAGAUACUGAAAUAAGGAUUAAGCUGGAAGAAGAGUAA